UCCAAUAUGGCUGAUAAGCGGGAAGUUCAAAGUAAUUUCAAUGAAAACACUAUAUCUGCUAAGGAUAGCGACUCUGAUAAAACUUUGUGCGAUAAAUUUAGUCUAACGAAAAGUAUUCUUGCAAAGAGCCUAGAAAAAUUUUUUUCUCCGGCAAGGUUUGAAAAAUUUGUUGCUUGUCUGUCAGAUGUUAGGGAAAAGAAUCCUUUUGUCUUUGACAGUGUUUUGCCACAACUUAUACAAAAUUUACAAACGAAUAUGAAGGAAGAAGUGGAUUUGAUGUUUCAGCAAGAAAAUUUCCGUGAACUUUGUGAACAGUUGGACGAUCUAGUUAAAAAUGCACCAAGUGUUGAAAAUCCAUGGAGACCAUCAGGUGACCCAAGCAAAGAUAUUGUAGACCAUGUUGUAACUGUGAAGAUGGAAUAUCGUGAUAAACUCAAAGGAAUGCUAGAGAAGAUAAGACAAGACAAUGAUGGAUUGAAACAAGAAGCAAUGUUUAUAAAAACAGAAAUAUUAGACCGAGAGAAGAAAAUCGUGAAUAAACAUCAUGACUUGGAAACGAUGGCAUUGAGUUUCGAUUCUUUGACAUCAACUGAUAAUGGACAGGAAUCUCUAGAAGAUCUUAUAACAGAUAUUGAAUCUAUGACACAAGAAGUUGAUUUAAGCAUUGUAAAUAUGUUUAACUGUAAAUAGUAAUAUAUUUAAAUAAAAAAUGCCAGGUGAAA